AUGGCUUCGCGCUGGGAGCGGCUCUUCGACUCCGUGGGACACUUCGGCAGAUUCCAAGCAUGUGUAUAUUUUGCAUCUGUCUUUCAAGCUAUCUCAUGUGGCAUUCAUUACUUGGCUUCCGUAUUCAUGGCUGUUACGCCUAAAUUUGUAUGCAGUGUCCCUGGAAAUCUGGAAAACGGAGAAAUUUGGGAACUUGAUCAGUGCAGCAGGUCCAAGCGGGAGGGCAGUUUGUAUCUUGCAUAUGAAUAUUCUGGCAACAAGUCUGUUUUUUCUUGUUCUGACGGAUAUAUCUAUGAUCACACAAAAUGGAAGAGCACCAUUGUUACAGAAUGGGAUUUGGUCUGUCACCGGGAAUGGCUUGCAAAAUUAACUCAGCCCACAUUCAUGCUUGGAGUCCUGCUUGGAGCAGUGAUUUUUGGUGAUAUGGCUGACAGAGUGGGAAGACGGUAUAUAAUGUGGUUCACAAGCACUGGUCAGUUUUUAUUUGGCAUUGCAGUGGCAUUCACAUUUGACUACUACAGCUUUGUGAUCAUACGUUUUCUCCUUGCUAUGGUUUCAAGUGGCUAUCUGGUUGUGGUUUUUGUUUAUGUGACAGAAUAUGUUGGCAUUAAAGCUCGAACAUGGGCGUCCAUGCAUGUCCAUGCUUUUUUUGCUGUGGGAAUCAUGGUUGUGGCACUGGUAGGAUUUUUGGUGCGGACCUGGUGGAUCUAUCAGAUAUUUCUUUCUGUAACAACUCUCCCCUUUGUCUUGUGCUGCUGGAUGCUCCCAGAGACACCUUUCUGGCUACUGUCAGAGGGAAGAUACGAAGAAGCACAAAAAAUAGUUAAUGUAAUGGCGAGAUGGAAUAAAGUAAGCACUCCUUGUAAAAUUUCUGAACUGUGUUCAGUUCAACAAGAUGAUCUAGUCAGAUGCAGAACGGGUGAUAAUGACACUUCUACAGUGAAGAAGCACAGCAUCUUAGAUCUGUUUUAUAAUUGGCACAUUGCAAGAAGGACCAUUACAGUCUGGCUGAUUUGGUUCACUGGGAGUUUAGGAUACUAUGUAUUCUCCCUGAGUUCCGUCAAUCUAGGAGGCAAUGAAUAUUUAAAUCUAUUUCUCAUAGGUGCCGUGGAGCUUCCUGCGUAUGUCGUUGCUUGCAUUGGGAUGGACAAACUGGGAAGGAGAAACACAUUGACUCCAUUUCUUAUAUCAAGUGCAGUGAUCUGUGCUUUGAUUAUGCUGAUCCCUCAGGAUUUCAGUAUAUUAUCUGUCUUAGCAAAUAUGGCUGGAAAGUUUGCAAUUGGCGUUGCAUUUGGCCUCAUUUACCUUUACACAGCAGAACUGUAUCCAACAGUUAUACGGUCACUUGCUGUAGGAAGUGGGAGCAUGAUGUGUCGUGUAGGGAGCAUAGUUGCUCCUUUUUGUGUUUACCUGACUAGUGUUUGGAUCUUCAUGCCACAGUUGCUUGUUGGAAUCAUGGCUUUUCUGAGCGGAAUGCUAACAUUAAUGCUCCCAGAAACUCUUGGAAAACCAUUGACUAAUACUUUGGCGGAAGCUGCAGAACUGGGAACAAACAAGAACAGCUGGUUUUCCAAUAAGGCAACACCCAUCCAUGGCCCCACAAAGUCGCGAGACCUCCUCGUCAACCUCCUCCUGGCUCUGGCCAAAGUUAUCAUCUAUAAUACCAGGAGGAGGAUGUUAGACGAGGAGGUGCUCUGCGACUGUGGGACCUAUUUCCGUUCCUCCCUGGUCUCACGCCUCCGGGCAGAAUUCCACUGGGCAGCAUCCGCUGGCUCCCUUGACACCUUUGAGGAGCAGUGA